CUGCCACCAACCGGACAUUCCUCCACCCCUGCCCCCUUUUCUUUUGGCCGAUUCUUGCUAUAAAAACCGAUGCCGACCAAACCUUCCAUCUGAAUUUGCUCUGAUUCCUUCGAACAACUAUUUCAGUGACCACCACCAGUGAAACUGUGUCUGACUUCUUAUUUACAGCAACUGAAUUGAAUUUGAUUGAAAUUAUGUUGGCAUACAUUUAUAUUUCCAUUCUGCUUCAUGUGUCCACACUUAUGCAACCGACAAUAAUGGCAGCAACAAUUCCAGUAGACGAAACUGCACGCGGUGAACUUGAAUCAAAUAUGGUACCAGAUGUUCCCUUGCCGUCGAACCUUACCUAUGCCUCGGGGCAAUCUCAGGUGUGUAACAGCAGUCUGUUAUCAAGCAAUGCGGACGAAGCGAUGAGAGAGAAAUCUUGCAGCAUCAACACAUCCAAUGAGGAGGUCAACAAAUUGGCGCUGUGCCCCUGGAGGUACGUGAUCAACAGGGACGUGAACCGUGUUCCGCAAGACAUCAAAGUGGCCAAGUGUUUGUGUGGCAAGUGUGCCGAAAUGAGCAAUUUCCUGAAGGAGUGCCGGACCAUUUACAAAGACAUGAAGAUUUUUCGCCUCAACACUGCGACCGGUUCGUACCAGCCAGAACUGGAAAUGGUGCCAAUCGCAUGCGGAUGUGGAAUCUAUUCCAAACAAGUGUAAAUUUUCGAAAUGUUUGGUAAAAGGAAAGAAAAAAGAAGAAAAGAAACAGAAAAAGAAAGAAAGAAAGAAGGAAAGAAAGAAAAAGAAAGAAAGAAUAAACUGUAUUGUAAUUUAUCAGAACUUUUCACAUCUCGGACAAAAUUCUUAGCGGCAUUUCAUUUGUCUUUGCAUUCUCAGCUCACAUCCAUUGAGGUUGACUUUCCACUCAGCUUUUAGAGAUUGAUAAAAUAAGAACCAGCCAAGUACUGCGCUUGAUGUAAUUGCUUUCCCCUUCUCCUUAAAAAAUUCUGGCCCUUGACCAAAAUUUAAAACCAUUAUCAUAAAGACAGAAAAUUAAUUUCAGCCUUCAUCUGAAGCAGGUUCACAUGUUGGAAUAUGUUUUGGUAUUGAGUGAAGUUACCUUCUUCAGUCAGAGCCACACAUAAGGGCCGGUUUCCUGGUUUCAUGGUGUAUAUCUUCCCCCACCUGGAUAGGACGCUAGUCCAUCACACAGUUUACUCCAUUUUUCCUGCUGAGUAGACUGGACCAAUGAGAAAUGAAGUGUUUUGCUCAAGAACACAAUCCAUCGCCCGGUCCAGGAAUUGAAACUACAAUCUUAUGAUCACCUUAACCACUAAGCCAUGCACCUCCAUAUUCUUUGCUUUCGACCCCCCCCCCCUGCACCAAGAGACUUGUUGGUAGUUUCAAAUGGUUUAAAAUAGAAUCACAAAGUUGUUGGUGCAGAGGGGGUGGCAUGGAAGCUUCUCUCUGCUCACCAGAUAGAUGUGUGUAUAUCAGUAUCUGUCUGUCUCUCUA